UUGAACAUAACAUGCGCGCUACAUCUAACUUCUACGCUUCUAAAGCUGGCCAGUGGAAACAAUCCUAGUUCGAACAAUCUCUCAGAUCCUGUCGAAACAUGUGAAGAGAAAGGAAAGUCGUCGAAAAAAAAAGGACUGAGGAGUUUGUUUAAGCACGUUUCGCAUUCAAGGCAUUCUAACCGUAGUCAAUGUUCUGCAAACGACUCCAAAACAUUGGAAGGAAUCUUGGUGAAUAAUUCAUCUGAUGUGAAGGAUAAACCGUUACAAGAUGACCGGAAACCUUUUCGGGAUGUUUUGGAUACUGGUGGCUCUACGCGAAGUAGUAGUCUUUCUGGUUAUGAGACACAACUGCCCAUAGACUAUCAUAUACAGACUGCUUUUCUUGACACUAACAAUCCGGAGUCCAAGAAAAGUGUUGAAUCUAUUUCGGACCGUGGUAUAUUUCCUGCUGAAGUGUCGAAUCCCAACUCAUCAGCAUGCAAUACCUCGUUAUCGUGCACAACUAUCAUGACAGUAACCAAUCCAACACCUGAAACACAGCACAGUAGAUCGUUUCAUACCUCGGUAUCUCGUGCAUAUGCUUCUGUUCCUCAUGCCAAGUUAUCUGUUCAAUACGGUUAUGAGCCAAGUAAUACUUUACAAUCAUCCCCUCAAACGGAGUCGGUUACUAGUACAAAUGGACAUAGUUUGAAUAAAUUAAUGGAAGAUUAUAAACCAAUCAAUUCGCAGUCAGUAUUAUCAUCUUUGUCAUCACCCGUUUCUGAUUUUGUCGGUGCUGAUGUUGCUCCUGGCAGCGGUAAUUCUACUUGCCAUGAUGAUAGUGCCAAUCCUAUUGAUUCUGAAUUGACAGCCUUUAAAAUGCAACAAUUACAACAUGAUGUAAUGCAACUUGAAACUGCAAUAAAAGACAACUUAAAUGAACAGAAAGAAUUGAAUGAUCGAUUAUUUGAACAAUUAGCAGAAGUAUCGAAACCUGAAAUUAGUAAAAAUAAAUCAUCUUCCUCAUUAUUGUCAUUGUCAUCGAUAUCAAAUGAUCAAUCUGCCUUUCGUGAAAGUGAAAUUAAACGUAUUUAUAGUGAAAAGUUGAAAACACUUAAAAAACAGUUAAAAGCAUUAAAUGAACAAUUACAAACAACGCGUUAUGUUAUAUCAAAAUCCACAACAUAUGAUGAUACUGGAUAUCGUAAGAAAAGUUCUUCACGUCCUGUCGGCUACUCAUUCUUUACACCUAACGAUAGAAAGAAACAUAAGAAAAUUACAAAAGGCCAUUUGACUACAUCCAAUUUGUUGUAUCCUCCUGAUUCAUCCAGCAUAUUCCUACCUGAGAAUGUAGCUAGCAGUAGUUCUCAACCACUUCGAACUGGUUCAUUACCUUCUACCAAUGGACUUAACCCUAUCAGUUGCGGUGGAUAUGAUGCUGGUGGACGUAGUAUGAUUAGCGGUUUAAGUGGUAUAAUUAGUACAUCAAAAGAUGAUACAUGUCCCAGUAUAGAUCCAUCUGUUGCUGUCAAUUCUAACACUGGUGCAUUUUCAUGGUCAGAUGGUGGAGAUAAUACACUGGCACGAAUAUUUGAAUUUCUUGGUGUAUCACCACAUCAAGUGUUCAAUAAUCAAAAUCUAACCUCUAUUGGUAAUAAUAAUGUACCCGGUGUUGGUUCUUCAGGUUCAUCUGCAUUGUCUGCUUCAGGAUUAGGCGUGUUGGAUAAGACUAAAGCUGGAUCUAAAAGUCAUAUAAGUGGAGCGAAUGUUAUCUCACCAGAAUCACUUAGUACUCCUCAUAGUAGCGGUAUUGUUACUGGGAGUUUAAGUGGUGGUGUUGCUGCUGGUAGUAUUGGCCACUUAGGUAAUUCAAUAAUGAAUAUUUCACCAUAUAAUUUGGCACUUGCAUUUGCUUAUCUUUAUCGUCGUCAAGAAUGUCAAUUUGCCUCUCUAACUAAUCAACAAUCACAGAUAUUUCAAGAACUUCGUGAUGAAUUGUCUGUUAUGCAUAGUGAAACACUUAGUAUUCAGUCUACACUGAAUAAUUUAACAACAGAAUUAGAAGCUAUUCGACGUGAUGCAACCACAAAAGCGGAGUUACAAAAUCAAAAACUAACCGAUGCCAGUUCACGUAUUGAAAGAUUGGAUGCUAUAGCUGAAGAAUCUCGACAAGCUUUACCACAUGAAUUAGCAGCUAUACGUAAUGAAUUUCAUGAUUCCUUAUAUUCAGUUGAAUAUCAAGUGACCACAAAAAUACGCGACCUAAGUGAUAAUAUUACAAGUAUUAAUAAUAAGGUAAGCAUGAUUGAAAAACCUCAUGAUCAAUCUAAUACACUUGAAUCACAUGGUACAGAAUUAGAUCGUGUUCGUCGUAAAGUAUUACAUUAUUUAACUGAUUUAUGUGUGUCAUUCUUUGCACUAGUUACUAUGCUACUACAAGUGCUUAUACGUUGUUUAAAUUUGGGCGCUGUUCUGACAGAAAAUAGGAAACUUGCUGUUUGCUUUUCCAUGACAUUGUUAGCUAGUUGUUUGCUUGUAUAUACAUCGGAUCCUAUUAUUUUAUGGCUCAGGGAAGAUGAUACCAUUACAAACCCGUCUACAACAACAACAACCAUACAUCGAAGAUCUCAAUACUGGCGAAAUAUACUUAUUGCUAUCUUGUCAUUUUUUCGAAGUUUUUCCCGUGAAAUGUCUUGAACCAAUAUUUUGAUUUAUCUGUUUAAUCAUUCAAUUAAUUAUUCGGAAAUUUCUAAUGUACGCUUGUCUUGUCUUCUUUCUUUACUCAAUGGUUCACUUCACUUAAAGGUUUAUUAUCCUUCACGACAAUUACCUGGUGCUCCAUUAUAUAUAUAUGGGUAUUCUUGUUUACUGAGAUUAGUACUAUUUAUGCUUGCUUAAAAAGUAUGGUGGAUUUCUAUCAUUAUUCACACAUAUAUUUAUACAUGAAACAAAUCUAUCAUGACGAGUGUUCUAUAAAAAUGCUUUGUCUGAAAGCUUAAUUCUAUUUUAAACCAUCUCAUUCAUUAGUUGACUAGAAUAUAUUUAUUAGUAACAGCUGAUCAACAUCAUUAUUUGAUCUUGCUCUGACACAAUCUUAUUUACAAUUAUUCACUUAUUUUAUUUGUUUUUCCAUGAAAUUUUCUGUUGAGUUACCUCAGUGUAAAAAAUUUGUUUUUACUUUUAAAUAUUUUUAUUGUUGUUGCAUCAUCAUUAGUCUAUUUUUUUAACCUUUCGACUUAUUCAUUUUGUUCGUAUAUAGUUUUUCUUCUCAUUAUGAACAUUGUUCUGCUCACACCCGGUAUUGUCUAUCUAUCCCUUGUUAUACAAUGUUACAUGUACACUGGAUUGUGUACGGUUGAUUGUCCGACGUGUACGUUGCUUGUUCUUAAAUGUUUUCCAAAUCAACUAAAUAUUCUAAUUAUAUUGACAGAAUAAUCUAAUUUCUUUUAUUCAUCUUAUGUCGAUUUUUGUAGAAUAAAAUCUAUGUUAUAAUGCUAUCAAUCCAUUGCUAUAUUUUAUAACACCAUGUUAUGAAUGACAUCACAAACUAAUGUUGUUUAUCAUUAUUAUCCAACGUUACUCUUCAUUUUAAAAUCUUGUCAUUUUCAUAUUAUCUAUUAACUAGAACCAGUCUUUCAAAAGAACAAACAACGAUUUGUUUAUUAUUAUUUACGUCUUACCUCUUCGUAAAUGCAAUCAGUUUGUCCAGCAAUCAAUAUGUAUGAGGAGAUAGACAUCGAUGUAAAGCUGUUCAAUUUUCUUUGUAUUAAAAAAGAACAUUUCUCCCAAUAUUUUUGUUUUAAACUUUCUUUUCUUGCUCUGUUUAUCUACUAAAAACAGAUACAUGAGUGGCUUGUUAAUCGAAUAUAUAUAUAUAUAUAUUCGCUAAUUUGUAAAUCAAAUACUAUUAUACAGUUUGAACAG